AUGGAAAUCAUCGACGCUUCAUGUUCUGUGGCUCCAGGAGAUCAUGAUAGCUACCAACAUUCUCCAUGGCUUCAGGAAACUCUAUCAGACAUGAACGAGAGAAUGAAAGCCAUGACGACCCUUAUGGAAGAAGAUGGCGAUUCUUCAGAUAGAGUUGAGAGUCAUUACAAGAGGCGGCUGGAUCUUGUUCAAAUGUUAGAAGAGUUCAACAGAUCUUAUUGCUAUUUAGCUGAAAAGUAUGACAGGUUGAGGGGUAAAUUCCAUUAUGUCAACGAUUCAGGGCCUACACCUUCAUAUUCUGCAACAGACAGUAACAAGGAUACAAUCAUAGAAAGCUCUGAUAAUUCUAACUUGGAGGUUUUAGAUUCCCAUCCUGAAUAUGCUGUUGAAGAUCCUGAGAUCAAAUGUGACAGCACUCACUUUGACAUUGAAUACUUGGACAAGAUUGUGGAUGAACUGAUUUUGACUGAAGAAUGCAAGAUGGAAUUAAAAGCCAAACUUGAAAUAGGAGAAAAUCAAAUGGAUAAGAAAGCCAGAGAUUUUUUCCAAGUAGAAGAUAGCAGUACUAAUAUGAGUGAUUAUGGUGCAGUUCAGGCUACAGCAAGAGACAACUCAGAGGGUGGUAGUUAUGAGUGGGAGAACACAUGGUGUGAACUCAAGUUUCAAAUCACAAACCUUAUGGAGGAAAAUCUGCAGCAACAGGCCGAGUUAGCAAGGAGAAACAUUGAAAAGAGACUGGUGAUUGAUAAGCUCCGGCUACAGCUGGAACAGUUAAAGGCUGAGAACAGGGCCCUCCAGAGCUGUAUCAGCUGUUUAAAAGUUGGAGAGAAGCGCAACUCAUUUCAGAUGAGAGGACUACUCUCGGUCCUCAACAUCAAAGCUAAAAGUACACAUCCUGGACAGACUGCUUCCUUGGCUCGUGAUUCUGUGCCUGAAGGUCUUAGACUCUAUCCAUAUAAAUAA